CCCCGUCCGUCGUCCCCACCUACCUACAAAAUUACCGUCCGUCUCGGCCUUGUAGAUCACUUCAAGCCCUACCUUAUAUAGUCGGACAACCCAAAAAAUGGCAUUCGGAGCACCUGGUGGCCGUGGAGGAUUCGGAGGUCGUGGAGGUGGAAGAGGUGGAGGAGGUGACAGAGGUGGUGGUCGUGGAGGAUUUGGUGGCCGUGGAGGAGGCGACAGAGGCGGUGGUCGUGGAGGAUUCGGUGGCCGUGGUGGUGGUGUUCGUGGUGGCGGAGUCAUGGGCCGUGGACGAGGUGGAGACCGUGGUGGCGGUCGUGGAGGUCGUGGGGCACCCAGGGGCGGCCGUGGUGGUGCCCGUGGCGGCAAGCCCGGAGGCAGAGGAGGCGCGAACGUUAUCCUCGAGCCGCACAGACAUGCCGGGAUCUUCAUCGCAAAAGGCAAGGACUCGAUGCUCGUCACCAAAAAUCUCGUCCCCGGAGAGUCGGUUUACGGCGAGAAGCGCAUCUCGAUUGACGGAGCUGAGGAGGGCACGAAGGUCGAGUACAGGGUCUGGAAUCCGUUCAGGAGUAAGCUCGCGGCGGGCGUGUUGGGUGGGAUGAGCGAGAUCUUCAUCGCGCCCGGAAAGAAGGUGCUUUAUCUUGGUGCUGCGAGCGGAACUAGUGUCAGCCAUGUUGCGGACAUCGUUGGACCGGAAGGUGUUGUUUAUGCCGUCGAGUUCUCUCCUCGGUCAGGUCGUGACCUGAUCAACAUGGCUAAGAAGCGGACAAACGUCAUUCCUAUCGUCGAGGAUGCACGUCUCCCACAAAAAUACCGCAUGCUUCUUUCAUCUGUCGAUGUCAUCUUUGCCGACGUCGCUCAGCCAGAUCAAGCACGUAUCGUCGCAAUCAACGCCCACAAUUUCCUGAAGGAGGGCGGCCAUGUCGUGAUCUCUAUCAAGGCAAACUGUAUCGAUUCGACCGUGCCCGCCGAAGCCGUCUUCAUCAGUGAAGUCGCUGCCCUGCGGAAAGAAAAGUUCAAGCCUCUUGAACAGAUCACUCUCGAGCCUUACGAGCGUGACCACGCCAUGGUGACUGCUCGGUACGAACGUCAUGUCCAGUGAAGUGUGUGAUGGGUUGUUUAUGCGGUUCUCCUUGGUGUAUCUCUACUUUUUUCUUGCUAUCGUUUCUUCUCCAUGUCGGCCGUACUAUAUGCUACAUACUGCAAUUAUGGCCAUUUUUU